CUGCUUUGCAAUUUUUUUUUAAUCCCUUCCCUCCUGACCCACCCUCCUGCAGCAAUCAAUGAGAAGGCAGCAAAGGGGAGAACGGGCAGCGGGUUUGCUGAAGCAUUUUACUAGUAAGAGCAGGGGCUAUUGUGCUUCUCCUCCAGGCUGCUGGGAGAUGAAUGGCAGGAGGCAGCACAAAGACACUAUGCCAGGGGAGGGCUCAGCCGCCUGAAUGCCAGCCUGGGACCCUGACUGCACAUGGAUCAGCCAACGGAGCAAUAAGGCGGGUGUAUAGGGGCGGACUGCAGGACUUCUUGCUGUGUCUUGCCAUCCCCUGAGCGUUAUGGGCAGAGGCUUUGUGCAAUGAAUGCUUCCCCCAGAGCUUUUCUCCCAGCGAAUAUGGGCACGGCUGUAUCCAAAAGGAAGAGUCUGAGGAAUGAUGCUAUGUCUUCUGUAGCAGCGAAAGUUAGAGCAGCAAGGGCUUUCGGAGAAUAUCUUUCACAAAACCAUCCUGAAAGCAGAAACGGCUCAGAUCACCUGUUAGCGGACUCGUAUAUCGGACAGGAGGACUCCCCUGAGAUGCAGCAGGCAGCUCAGAACAAGCGCAGACUCUCUGUCAUCUCUGAUGGCAAGUUUGAGAGGAGCUUCUCUGAGGAGCGGGCCGAGAAGAUCCCAAGCGAGGGGCCAAAGCCACGUGUGUACACAAUCUCCGGCGAGAGGCCGAUGCUGUCGGACCAUGAGAAUGAUAGCAUGGAACUGGUGGUGAUGAAGGGCACCGGGCAAGAGGAGUGUCACCAUGGCCAGCCCCUGCAGAGUGCUUGCAGCUCUCACAACAUCAGCAGGCAUUGCAAAGGUUGGGCAGGAAGUCGGCAGGGCUCCAAGGAAUGCCCCAGCUGUGCUCGGUUGGCAGCCUCCUCCCAGCACUCCUUUGACCUGGAGCAACAUCAGUCCAACGAGACAGGGUGGCGUAGGAAAAAGCUGGAGAGGAUGUAUAGUGUUGAUCGUGUGUCUGAUGAUGUCCCCAUACGGACCUGGUUCCCCAAGGAGAACCUUUUCAGUUUUCAAACUGCUACUACAACUAUGCAAGCCAUUUCGGCGUUCAGGGGCUACGCAGAGAGGAAGAGACGGAAACGAGAAAAUGAUUCUGCAGCUGUUAUUCAGAGGAACUUUCGGAAGCAUUUGCGCAUGGUCGGGAGCCGACGGGUGAAAGCACAAACAUUUGCUGAACGGCGUGAGAGAAGCUUCAGCAGGUCCUGGAGCGACCCGACUCCCGUCAAAGCUGAUUCCUUCCAUGACUCUCGAGAAAGCCAUGAUCUCCAGGACUCCUGCUGUGCUCUGGAGGAUGAAUUUGACUUGAACUGGGAAGCAGAGAAGGAGCUUGAAGCUGCGGCAUGUGAUGGAGAGGACUUUGUUCCACCAAAAAUAAUGCUCAUUUCUUCCAAAGUCCCAAAAGCCGAGUACAUCCCGACAAUCAUCCGCAGGGAUGACCCCUCCAUCAUCCCUAUUCUCUAUGAUCAUGAACAUGCCACCUUUGAAGACAUUCUUGAGGAAAUAGAGAAGAAGCUGAACAUUUAUCGGAAGGGCUGCAAGAUCUGGAAGAUGCUGAUUUUCUGUCAGGGGGGUCCUGGCCACUUAUACUUGUUGAAAAACAAAGUUGCCACCUUUGCCAAAGUGGAGAAGGAGGAAGAUAUGAUCCUCUUCUGGAAGAAGCUAAGCCGACUGAUGAGCAAAAUCAACCCUGAGCCAAAUCUCAUUCACAUCAUGGGCUGCUACGUUCUGGGAAACCCCAAUGGGGAGAAGCUAUUUCAGAAUCUGAAAAAUCUAAUGAAUCCUUAUAGGGUUGCCUUUGAGUCUCCACUUGAACUCUCAGCUCAAGGUAAGCAAAUGAUUGAGACUUACUUUGACUUCCGCCUUUACCGCCUCUGGAAGACCCGCCAGCACUCCAAACUGUUGGAUUAUGAUGACAUUUUAUGAGCUGGAGAAGACUUUACAAGAGGAGGUUGAUCAUCAGUAUUUGAGAAGUCAUGCUUGCUGCAGAGAGACUUUUUUAUUGGUAGGAGGAGCCCUUGGAAUCCCUGCAGGAGGCAGUGGUGCUGAAGGGAUAGAAGGAGGAGCAGCCAGAAAUUUACCAGGAGGAAAGUCUGUCCGACAAAGACUGAGACUCGAAGAGGAUGGUUUGACACCUCAUACACCUCAGGCCAGAGCCAUAGUCUCUCAGAAAGAGCUGUGUGAAAAGGGGACAUGAUGGAGUUCCUUGCAGGACUGAGCUGUUUUGGGUCAUGUUGGGCCAGAAUCGAUUCCAGGUCCUUUUAAAGACAUUUAGAGCUCAGGUUUUCUUAAAAUAAAAAUAAAAAUAAAUAAUCCUUGCACUACAGAAAAGCAGUGACUUAAGCACAGAGCUAGAAGAGUGGGAGCUUCCCAGUGGCUCCGUUUGCUGUGCCAAGGAACUCUGAAGGCAAGGAAUGCCAUGCUUACUCCUGCAAGCUUUGAUCAAGAAGGUUCAGAAACUUAAUGUGAAUAUAUACUGAAACAGAAUUGAAGUUUAACUUUUUUUGGGAUUAAUAGAAAAUAAGUGCAAUUUUUAUAAAAUAGAGGGGGGAGAACCCCUCCAAUAUUUAAAUAGUUAAAAAAUAACACAUCAGUAACCAAUAGAUGAGGUAUUUUUGGUCUGCUUGAAAAUAUAUUCAAAAUAGUAAUAUAUCUUCUGUAGACAUAUUUAAUCACCAGCAACAUGGUUUUAACAUAACUUAGCAGACUCUGCAUGUCUGCUACAUUGAUCAAUCCUGUUUGUUUUUUCUCUUUAAUUUCAGAGUAGCUGUGUUGCACUAAUUGUAUGUGUUCUCACAAAUGUAUAUUUCUCCUCCAGUUAGACACAACUUUGUUACUUUGUCUUUGCUGCUUACAAAACUAGCUGAUUUUAGUUUUGCUGAAUUUUUAAGUUAGAAAUACAGUGUGUGACUGAGGGGAAUCUUGGUCCGUUUCAUUCAGAUUUGAUCACGAAUGAGAAGCCAAUAGCCAUGUUAAGGAUUUGUCAUUUCAGUCUACUGCUGCCUUUUGAUAGAUGAAGUCUUCUUCCAGAUAGCAAUGUGGAGCAGAGGAUUAUCUGAAUAUGAGAAAUCCUCAAAAGAGAUUUAUAUGCAAAGGCAUUUGAAAGAAUUGAAUGAAAUGCUUCUUGAAGUUUGUAGCAUUGGUUAGUAGCACAAUUUUGGUUCUCUCCCCAUUCAUGUAGUUGCCAGUUGCUGACUUGUAAACUCCAUUUUUUUCUAGCGAUACAUCAACCCACUUGUAGAUCUCAGCUCUCCCGUCCAAAUCCUUCAUGUCUGGGACAAAUGGAUUACAUAGCUCUUAUUUGUGAGCAGCUAUGCUUUUAAAAUCCAGAUUUGUGCUUACUAUCUUUGAGUAUAUAUUUUGGAAUAUAUUUACUUUUUCUUUUUUAGUCUUCUAGUCUCCUGUGUGUAUAAGGGACAAAUAUUCUUGUAGUCUCCACAGGUCACCCUGGCUAUUUUGGGAGAUUACACAAUUUGUUUCUCAGAGAAGUAAAAUAUGCUGGAGAAUAACCAGGUAGAGUUACCUUGGUCUCCUGAUUUAUUAGUGUCUAAAACUAGUUGGUUGUGCAGUGAAGAAAAAAAAUACAUGUACAAACCUUCCUUUGAAUAGUUAAGAAAGAACGUUUGUUCUGAUCUGUAGAAUAUCCCUUUUCCUUUCCCUUCCCCGUGUGUUAUUGUAACAUUGGGGAGCAGGCCUCUGGCUAAAACUGCUGAACCAUGUACAUUAAUGACAUUUUUAUAGCAAACCUUUAAGAAAUAAUAUACGUAUAGUAGGUAAGUAACUGGUGGGGGGUGGGGAUAUUUUGCAAUCACUGAAAAUUAACAUGCCAAACCAAAUAGCUCAAAGAUCUCCUCUUGAAAAUUCUGUAGACCCUUUAUGAGCAGCUCUCAAAAAAAUUGACCUCUUUGCCAGUUGGUGCCAGGCUGACCUCAGGGUGGUUUGUAAGCUGCUGUUCACUGAGGGGCUGACUCCUGUUCUGGUUGACCAUGUUACAGGUUUUCAGACUUCAUCAAAGAGGAUGUUUGGCACUAUCCCGGUGCUUUUGGAAGAACAUGCCAGUGUGGGUUUUUUGGGUUUUUUUUAAAGAUAUAUAUUAGUGAACUAAUAUUUGGCAUGCUAACUCGUCUUAGCUGCACUACUGGCAGUUAGGUGUUGUAUGUGCUAUCAUAGCAAAGAGGAUGUGUUAAUUAUGUUAGUGAAAGGACAGUGACAGGAUUAAAACUUUGAUACAAAAUUGCAUCCCUCCGUGACCCUCUCACUUCCUAGUUUGCUUGGAUGGUUUGGGCUGUUGCUUACAUCGUUAAAUGAAGAAUGAGAAAAUGCUCCCUCCCUCUCUUGUUCAAAGUAAAACCCCACUUCAGUGAACCUGGUAGCAUGAAUGUAGCAUUGUGGGAACUAUUGAAAAACCUAUAUAGCUCUGAAAGGACCCAUUUAUAUAUACACACUAUGGUUAUUUAUCUAUGUCACUAUUGUAUAUCUAUAAUGAUUGAGCACUUGUAGAACUAAGGUUGCCGUAGAAAGAUAGAUUGUACAGUUGCAUAAUUUAUCCUUUAUGGAGAUGUAUGUUUGAAUGAAUGUUACAGACUGUUUUACUGGUCCAAUUGACUAUAGCAUAGUAUACUGAGAAAUAUUGAAUGCGUUUCUCUCUUUUCCAAAGACAUAUAUCCCACACACCUUUGUGAUAUUAUGCCAUGAACAGAUUAUUUUCUUUGUCGUGAUCAUUCAACAAAAAGGAUGAACUGUUCUAAAGGCUCUAAUUGGGAGGAGAGGCUGGGGAUUUUAUAUCUACUGUCUUUCAAACUUUUAAAAUCCCUUGUACUAAUAACACUUUUGAAUUUAACAAUGUUGAAAGAAGAAAUUGUUUCUUCUUUCACCUUUAACUGGUUGAUCCUUCUGAGUGGCUGGUGGGACAGGAAGGAACCAGCAAUGUAUAGGAUGCAGAAAAUGUUUGUAGCUAUUUAGGACUUAGAUU